AUGUUUUUGUUGUUUUUGGUGUUAUUUAACUAUUGUUAUGUUGUGAAUGGUAAGUUUUUGAUGAUAAAGAGAUGGAGUAUUGUUAUUUUAGGGUUUGUAACUGGUUCAUUGUUCUUUCAAGUUGAUUAUCCAGAGAACUUGCAAUAUGUUUAUGAAUUCUUGCCGUCCUAUCAGAUUGGAGCCAGAUUUCCUCAUGUUCCAGUUGAAGUAAGUAUUUACGUUUCGUUUUUUUGGUUUAGGUACCUUCUUUAGGCUCUCAAGAAGCUUUUGCAUUCUUUUCAAACUUAAAACGACUUUUGAAGCCUAAAAAACAUUAUUUUAGAUGUACAUGGUGCUAGCAAAACCGAUCGAAGCCUGUGAACCAUUGACGAACGAGAUUGAUGUUGAAGAUAGCAUCGUACUGAUCGAACGUGGGUCUUGUUCGUUUGCUGAGAAGGCUGUGAAUGCUGAAAGAGCUGGAGCACGUGCUGUUUUAAUUACGGACGCAGCAAAUUCAACAUCCGGUUUCAUUGAGAUGAUCAGAGAUGAAGGUGGGCUAGCGGCCGGGAUUCCGGCUGGAUAUCUCCCUGGGAACAAUGGGUAUGUCUUCGUAGUAUUUUUGAUGAGUUAGAACAGGCUCUUAGCCACAAUCUCAUAUAAAAAUUAAAUAUUUUGGUCGAGUAUUAGUGAAGUUACAUCAAUUUUCCUUCAUCUAUCUAGAUGUAUAUAAACUUACUUCAACGAAUUCCAGGAAAAGAAUGCGAGACUACCUAAAUUACGAAGGCGACUACAUUAAACUACGAAUUCCGUUCAACUUUACGACCAAAGGAAUGCGGGACGCGCUUAACAAACCUCCAUGGGACUUGUGGUAG